AGUGAGGUGCGCGCCGUGCUGACGUCCCACCGGAGCAGAGACGGGCGGCGGGCGCUUCGCGUGGCGGCCGGGCUUGAGGAGGCAGAAUGAGCAAGGCGCACCCGCCGGAGCUGAAGAAGUUUAUGGACAAGAAGCUUUCAUUAAAACUAAAUGGUGGUCGACAUGUUCAAGGGAUAUUAAGAGGUUUUGAUCCAUUCAUGAAUUUGGUGAUAGAUGAGUGUGUGGAAAUGGCACCUGGUGGACAACAGAACAACAUAGGGAUGGUGGUAAUACGAGGAAACAGCAUCAUUAUGCUAGAAGCCUUGGAACGAGUAUAAAUGAAGUACUGGCUCUUACCACAAUGUGGACAUUUUUUAUUAUUAUUGUAAGUUCUACAGGAGCAUUCCAUGUUUACUUUUUUAAAAAAUAAAUGGUUAAAAUUGGUAUAACUUGCUUCACAACCUUUGAAAAACUAAUUCAGGAUUAUAUGAAAUUUGAAAAAUUGACUUAAAAUUCACCUACAGGAAUGGAGCUGUGAUAUAUUAGCGUUCCACAUAUUUUGCCUAAUAACUAAGUGAGCAAAACAAUUCUAAGCAAUUUGAACGAAAAAUGAACUUUUGCUGGCAAUGGUGAUACACCAACAUUCUUGACCACUUGAGAUCCUGCUUUAUGACAUAUUGGUCUAACCUCCCAUAACAUAACCCUCUUUAGUUGUUUUGGUGUGACACCCUUCUAGAAUUCCCAGCUGCAGUGUAAGAACUGCAGUACUCAUUUCCCAAUGAAAGCAAUUCCCAUUGAAACCAGUGCAGGUUCAAAGAAAAGAUCAUUUAUUGGAAAGUAGUGUACAGCUCUAAAGCAUAGCUGGAACUGAGUCCCAUGCAGAUCAAAACUUAAUUUUACUUCACUCCCAUUUCACCCCUACCCCUUCUGUCUUUGAAUCUGUUCUGUGCAUGUCGACAAAGUCCUCAGGCUCCCAGGUUGGUACGACCUUGGAAGUCCCGACCUUGGAAGUCCUGGGCGCCAGUUAACAAUCCAUCUAAACCUAACGGUUCACAUUCCAUUCCCCCCUCCCCCGUGAUGGCAGAAACGAAGCAAGCAAGCAAACAGUGCUGGAUUGUGAGGUUCUGACAUGCAGAUCCUUAGUCACACAUUUGCAGGAAGGCACAAUAGCACCACCAGAAUCAUUUUUUUUAUUCCCACUUUAAUAACAACAUUAGAAAGCGUGCCUGGUCUGUUACCUGCAAGUUGCUACGCAGUCUUAUGGCUAACAGUCAUGGACGGACAGAAUGAGCAGUCACCUCACGUAUCAGUUCAUAGAACCACGUGCCUUGCAGUAAAUGUAUUCAAAAUAAUUUUCCUACUGCUUUUAGGUGGCUUAAAUCUUUAUUACUUAAUUGCUUUUGGAAUAGCGUUAGUUGCCCCUUGCAGCAAGCGUUUCUCAAGUAAGGAGAACCCUCAACCCUUUUCUCUACAAGGCUCUAAAUACACAUGCUCCCCUUGGAUGCUGAAACAGAUUACUCACCUAAACAAAAUGCACAUAAUGUGAGGCACAAUUCAUACUGGGACUGUAGUACAGUCAAGUAAUAAACAAUCCACGGGCUUAAGGCAUCUGUUUACUUCUUCAAGAGUAAUAAAAGGAAAGCUACUUGCUAGUACAAUUUUCCCGGCUGCCUGAAUAAGCAUCAAAGGACACACAGGGAUAAUUUUGAUUAACGCUACCCAAGUCUCCCUUUCAAGAUACUUUUUAUUUUUUCCUUUUCUCAAGCUAUUGUCUUUUAAUACAGAGUGUUUGGUAGGUGCUACUCUGUAUGUGUUGAGUUUGUCAAAAGCAAUUCUGAAUGCCCUAUUUCCUCUCCCCUCCAAAAAAGGAAGGGGUUAUUCAGAACUAGUGCCCUACUGUAAAUGCAGCCAGAACAGCUGAAUUGAUUUUUCCACUGGAAGCUUAUAAAAUACGAAUUUGAAAGGGUAUUACUUCAAUUUUUUGAACAGCCCAAUUAAAAGGUUCAAAUCAAGCAUAUUCAUUUUUUUUUCUGUACCAUUCUCCAAACUUAUGGCCUCCAGAAUUGUAAAAAUAACAACUUCCAUACAAAGCUAAUGAGUUGUUGGAGUUACUGUCUGGGAGACCAGCAAGUAAAUGAAGUCUGUUGGUAACUUUAUUCAGUGGUUUUAAGAAACACUGCUAUGUAAAAUACCUGAGUUGGCAACCCAAAGGCUUUAUUCAAGGUUUUUCUUGUGCCCAAAAUUACUUAUAACAA